UACGAGGAGUGCGUUUGAUUGUUGCAGGGCUCAAUGGCGGACAGAGCAGGAUAGUCGCGUUAGCACCGAGGACAAUAACAUCUCGACAGAGUGAAUACCUGGCGUGACCCGGUCCGCUGCUGGGUGCAACGUGUGUAACGGGCUCUCUCGUGCACUAACGUUUAGUACAAAGUCGCCGCAGCUGUUUUCCGCUCGUCUUCUAGCGUUCUUGAGUUCCCAUCCCAAGCGGAGAAGUUACACUGUUCAUGGUGGCUGAGUAGCUUGCGAGCAAACCAUGGAGGUCUCAUUAGAACUGAUAGGAAAGCGUCUGCUUUUGCUCCUCGACGACGGCAGGUCUGCGAAUGGAUCCGAGCCGGAGCAGGCUGCAUGGCUCCGGGGAACGGUGCGGGCAGUGAGUGUCAUCGGCCUGCAAGUCCCGGAGGUUAGCGGAGCAGAGGCGACAACAACAACCACCGCUGCUGCAGGGCUGACGGUAUUUGUGGAGUUUGAGAACGCUCUGCAGCGCUGCUCCUGGGUGCAGGUGUUUGAUAAGGGGGUGAAAGCCGUGCUGGUGGAAGACUCUAUUGUUUGGGCCAGUCGAAGUGACGGGAGUACCGGGACUGCCGGAGCUCCGGCAUCGUCCACAGCCUGGCCCGCUCUGGCCUACCGCUCCUUGGUGGACAGAGCGGGUUUAGGAUCGUUGGUUCCUGUGGAGUAUUUUGGAAACAAGAAUUUUGAGUUCCUACCUGAUAACAAAACUGUCCAGAGGUUUGAGGUUGAUAAAGACAUAAGACACCCUUUGCUGCUGGAGCAGCCCUCAGUGCAGGCGGCCAUCUCCAGCUGGCGGACUGACUUUGAGCUGCAGGAGAUCUUCAGGAAGGGUUCAUACACUAUUCAAGGACGCAGGGUUCGCGUGUACCAGCCAGAGUUUGAGGAAUGCUGGGCUUCAGGGCUGGUCUCACAGCACGACCCCAUCUCACACAUCAUGGAGAUUACUAUAGAUAAGGGCGAGAAUCAGACGGUAGACCCUCGCGUGAUACAUGUCAUGCUGGCAGAGGAGCUUGGUAAGAAUGGGCGGCGAAGGAAGGACAGUGAAACAAUGAAGGGUGACAGUGGACGCAGACGUAGGACUGCCUCCGAAGGCGACGAUGACUUGAACUUGAAACGUUUCAAAGGAGCAGGAGAUGCGGCAGCCGAUGGGCAGAACUGUGGCGAAUCCAACAAAAUGCCAGCGGAAGGGAUGGGGAUCUGGGGAGGAGACUCUGCAGAAAGAGUCAGCAGCACAACCAAAAACGGAAGCUCCUCAGAAGGAACCUUUGCUCAGGGCAGAGUGUCGUCCCCAAACACCAACUCCUCACUCCAGAUGGACCAAUCCAGCGCUACUCCUCGUCAUCCUGCCCAUGUCAAAGAAAAUGGGCGUUCUCUCUCCACACAAGGAGCAGCAGAUUCCACCACUGCGGUUACUCACACCCCCACCCCUCCCCCCCUCAAACCAGCCCCCUCUCCCUUCUCCACCACAUCGUUCCCCUCACUCGGCCAGAUGCCGAGCCUGGUCCCUGGCGCUCCGGCCCCCAAGGCCUCCCCAUCCCCCCAGCCAGACCGAGAGGAGGCCUCCCAAUCAGCCUAUUCCAAAACAGCUGCUCUCGUUUCCCCGGGGCCCGUCACCAUUUCUUGGUCGCAUGACAGCGGCCCGAGUGUGGCCCUUUCUGCGUCUGUGGGUUUCAGUCCCAAAGCCCCCGCCUGGGGAAGCCAGACUGAGGCCUCCAAAACGGCAUCAGGCUUUUGUUUGCCCACUGCUUCUGUAUUUGGAGAUGUUACCUCUCAGACGAACGGUGCUCCGACCACUACGACUGCCUCCCAGGACGCUCCCCGGCCCUUUGGCUUCGGCUUCGGGGGAGCGAAGAACGAGACUCAAUCCCAACAAGACCAAAACUUGUUUUUCCAGUGCAUGACCCAGAAUUCUGGAUCCAGCCCAAGCCUAGCUGCUGGUCCAACCCAGUCCAAGGACACCAAUUACUUCACCGCAGUGUCUGACAGCUUGAGUAAAGAGCCCCCGAGCCUUUUCAAGUCCGCAACCUCCACCGAAGGGCUGAAAAAGCCUGAGCAGCCCAAAGUGCCUGAGACCCAUUCAUCUGGAAAUGGUGUGCUCAACAAAUCCUCAUUGGCCUUCCAGGGCAUGGGUGGCUCUGCAGGAGGAAGGGGUUCUGGUCUAAGUAUUGGUGGUCUGACUGGGGCUGCUGGAGCUCCUCUAAGUACUUCUAAGAAGAGCAGUAAUAAUGGGACUUCUGUGGGGGGCUUAGUGCUGCAAUCUGGUUUUAAUACCUCAGAUAGCCACCAGAACCUUUUCCUGCAGGCCUCCAAAGAGCCUGCUAAUCCAUUUCUGGCAUAUGGGGACAAAACCUCCCACACCUCCUUUGCUGGCCUCACUGGGGCUGAGCCACAGACCCUUGGUCCUGCCUCAGACAGCAAGCCAAACCUUUUCACCAUGGCAGAGCCACCGAAGGGGAUUCUGUCUUCCUCUUUCCCAGUGCUCCCAGCUGCUGCUUCACCCAGCUCUUCCUCCUCUCCAGCACCGACCUCAUCACAGAGGCCACAGAGUGAAGGGACUGUGACAAAGGAGGAGCUGGAGGCUGGGGAGAUGCCUACAUCCACCUCAGGCUGCCCCGUGUUUGGAAGCACUGGCCCCGGGGGAAUGGAGGAGGUCCCCGUGUCCUUUGACCAGAGCCAGUCUCAGAAGUUUAGCCUGGAGGAAAGAGGCCAAUCGUCAAAGCGUGACUCUGACUCCAGCAGCAACAGCGACCUGUCAGACCUGAGUGAGAAUGAAGAGGGCCCCGAGAAAGGCCAGAUCCCAGGAGGACCACUUCACCCUGCCACGGACGUGGCAAUGUUGCAGAAAACUAAAAUCCAAGGGGCUGCUAAAAGCCGUCCACGUAACAAGCCUUUCAAAGUGGGCCAGUCGGUACUAAAAGACCAGAGCAAAGUGCGUCGUCUGAAGCAGUCUGGUGAGUCCUUUCUCCAGGAUGGCUCCUGCAUCAAUGUGGCCCCUCACUUGCACAAGUGCCGCGAGUGCCGCCUGGAGCGCUACCGUAAAUAUCGUACCACAGGCGAAGAUAGUGAUGACGAUCACGACCCAAAUGUGUCCUGUCGGUUCUUCCACUUCAGAAGGUUGGCUUUCACUCGUAAAGCGGUACUGCGUGUGGAGGGCUUCCUGAGUCCUCAGCAGAGCGACUCCAUGGCCAUGGGUCUGUGGCUACCUGCACCAGCGGUCCUAGAGGGCCUGGACCUCGAUACUUCCAAGUACAUCCUGGCCAAUGUGGGGGACCAGUUCUGUCAGUUGGUCAUGUCUGAAAAGGAGGCCAUGAUGAUGGUGGAACCUCACCAGAAAGUGGCGUGGAAACGUGCCGUGCGAGGCGUCAGAGAAAUGUGUGAUGUGUGUGAGACCACCCUGUUCAACAUUCACUGGGUGUGUCGCAAGUGUGGCUUUGGAGUGUGUCUGGACUGCUAUCGGCUCCGCAGGAACCGGGCACGGGAGGAUGUCGAUGAAGGUCCAGAGGACGAGGUUUUCUCUUGGUUGAAGUGUGCCAAAGGUCAACCUCACGAGCCACAGAGCCUUAUGCCUACGCAGAUUAUACCUGGGACAGCUCUUUACAACAUAGGUGACAUGGUGCACUCAGCGAGAGGCAAGUGGGGUAUUAAGGCCAAUUGUCCCUGUACCAGUCGACACACUAAGCCUCUAGUACGCCCUAGUGCCCCCAAUGGGAUUUCACAGCAGUCUACAACAGGUAGUAGUGGGAUCCUCGCAGGUGCAGCUCCUGGUAUCGCCACCACCCCAAAACCAGAGGGAGAAACUUCAGCCAUCAAAACAGAAACUACGCAAACAGCAGCGCCAUCAGACAGCGGGGGAGGAGAAAGUGUGGGCGGUGUCAGUAACUCAACCAGUGGUACGUCCUCCCCCUGUAACCUCACCCAGUCCUCCGCCAAGGAGUCCCGCUCAUCAGGAGAGGGCAACAGCUCGGCUCUGCACUGGCUGGCAGACUUGGCCACACAGAAAGCCAAGGAUGACACCAAGGAAUCCGGUUCACUUCGCUCCAUGAUGAGUCGAGACAGCCGGCCUGCCUUUGGCCUGGACUCACUCAGUGCCCUGUCAAAGCCUUCUGCUUCCAGUCCUAAGCUAUUCAACAGUCUGUUACUGGGCUCCAGCAUGGCCCAAUCCAAACCCGAGGGGUCCAGUCUCCGGGAUCUGCUCAACUCUGGACCGGGCAAACUCCCCCAGGGGCCCGGAGAGAGCGGGGUGCCAUUCCCCUCUGUCUUUACCUCGGCAGGGAGUGACAAGCUGAAGAGCAGCCUCCCCAACUUCCUGGAUCACAUCAUCGCCUCAGUUGUGGAGACCAAGAAGGCAGAAGGCCGUCGGACCGGGGUGUCCGAGGGAGGCGAGCUGGGUGUUCUGGGCGGCCGCAAAGACGGAGUAAUGGGCCUCAGUGUUUUGGAACCACAUACCUCACACUCCUGGCUCUGUGACGGACGACUCCUCUGCCUACAGGAUCCCAGCAACAGCAACAACUGGAAGAUCUUCAGAGAGUGCUGGAAGCAGGGACAACCCGUGUUGGUGUCGGGGAUACACAAACGCCUGAAAAGUGAUUUGUGGCGGCCCGAUGCCUUCAGUAGGGAGUUUGGAGACCAGGAUGUAGACCUGGUCAACUGUAGAAACUGUGCUAUCAUCUCUGAUGUGAAGGUGCGAGACUUCUGGGACGGCUUCGAGAUCAUCUCUAAGCGACUGCAGGACAGUGAAGGCCAGCCCAUGGUGUUGAAACUAAAGGAUUGGCCUCCAGGUGAAGACUUCAGGGACAUGAUGCCCACACGGUUUGAUGAUCUGAUGGAUAACCUCCCUUUGCCCGAGUACACAAAAAGAGACGGUCGUUUAAACCUCGCUGCCCGUCUGCCCAACUUCUUCGUGCGUCCUGACCUUGGACCCAAGAUGUACAACGCCUAUGGCUUAACCUCGUCUGAAGACAGGAAAGUGGGAACCACUAAUCUCCAUCUGGAUGUCUCUGAUGCCGUCAACGUCAUGGUCUAUGUUGGUAUCCCUCAAAUAGAGGGAGACCCAGGGCAAGAGGCAGAUAUCAAUGGACGCAAAGAGGUCAUGACCACUAUUGAGGAGGGCGAUGUGGAUGAAAUGACGAAGAGGCGGGUGUACGAGGCGAAGGAGAAACCUGGAGCUCUCUGGCACAUCUACGCUGCCAAGGACGCUGAGAAGAUCAGAGAACUUCUCCGCAAGGUGGGAGAGGAGCAGGGUCAAGAGAACCCUCCAGACCACGACCCCAUCCACGACCAGAGCUGGUACCUGGACCAGGUGCUCCGCCGCAGGCUCUAUGAAGAAUAUGGCGUGCAGGGAUGGGCCAUUGUACAGUUCUUAGGAGAUGCUGUGUUUAUCCCCGCUGGAGCUCCACACCAGGUUCACAACCUGUACAGCUGCAUCAAGGUGGCAGAGGACUUUGUGUCUCCUGAGCAUGUAAAGCACUGUUUCAGACUGACCCAGGAGUUCAGACACCUGUCCACGACUCACACAAACCACGAAGACAAGCUACAGGUGAAGAACAUCAUCUAUCAUGCAGUGAAGGACGCUGUUGGGACACUGAAGGCCCAUGAACCUAAACUAGCACGCCCGUAGUUCCUCACUUACUGUAAUCCCAAAAUAACCAGCCUCCUACAACCACUCCACGACGUACACACACACAAUAUACAUUAAAUACCUACACACACACAAGUACAGGCUGCAGAGUACAAAGAUAGUGUAAGUUAUUUUGGGGCAGUGAAGGUCUGGGUUUGGGGAAAGAGAACAUUUGAUUUGGGGAGGGAUUAGACGGGGGAGGGGCUAAUCAGCGCUUGGAUGAAGGAAGUCCUUUAUCGCUGUUACACAGUACGCUCAGACUUGUCUAGUUGUUUUCCAAUUAUUAUUUUUUUUGGAUUAACUGUAUUUAAGAUCAGUGUGUUUGUUCUGUUGUUUUCAUUGUAAAUGUAAGAUGUGAGAGUUCAGGAUGUAAAUGCUGACUUGCCUCUGGAGCAGAGGUUCAGCUUCCAUGUAAGUGACUGACAAAAUGCAAGUUCUGGGCUAACUUUCCUAUUUUCAUGACGUUGAUAUUAUUUUUCUUAAAUAGGUGCGAGGUUAACCUGUGUUUGUAGACAUUUUUUGUUGUUGGAGUUUUUAAACAGCUGAUUGCUUCUGCCCUCUGAGGCUGUAAUGAAUUUGUGAAGCAGCCAGUGAGGGGAAGCAGACCAAAGUUUUGUAUUUUUUGUUUUUUUUAUUUCACUUUUAGAGUAAGAAGUCUUUUCUUUUUAUACACCACAAGGCAAUGAUCAGGAGGACUUCAGAGAGGGCAGGUUUCAUUUUAUUAUUUUUGGUCACCUAUCUUUGUCUCAUGGGCUGAGUGAACUGCAGACUUCCAACAACAUUGUUCAAGAAUCACAAUUGCAGCUGAAUAGAACUACUGGCCAUUAACAUUGUAUCAAUAUAUAUAUAUAUAUUGAUCUUAGCAGUCUGUUUGAUUUUUCACAUUAAAGUUUACAAAAACUA